AUGGCUGUUUCUCACUGGCUCCUCGCUCCUGCUCUCCUUCUGCUGCCCUUUGUAGCAUAUGUUUCAGCACAGCAAGGAUGUUCUGUCAACAACACUCAGCCAAGUGUUAAUGAAAAUAACCCUUCUGGCUAUGUAGUGACCACUGUCCACCUGGAGUCAGGCUUCAGUGUAACCAUUGACCCCAAUUCCCCUGAUUACGGGUUUUUCACCUUACAAGGGUCUGAACUGCAGCUGACCCAAAGUGUGGACUAUGAGAAAAACACCCUGCUGAUAGUGUACCUGAUUUGCCAUUACCCAGAUGGAGAGACCGACUCGUUGCAAAUCCUUGUGACCAUUGUCAACGUGAACGACAACAGCCCAGUGUUCCAGGAAACCAACAUCACCCAAGCUGUCCCUGAGGAUACAAAAGUGAAUGCCACCAUCAUAGCCCGGGAGAGUUUAAGUGCUACCGACGGCGACCUGGACGUCAUCUACUACGAGCUCACAACCGUAGUGCCGGACACAGAAGGUUACUUUGCCAUAAGAGGACUUAAUAACCCAGAACUUUAUUUGCAGAAAGCAUUGAAUUAUGAGAAAUUUAAUUGGACCAUGUUGCUCUUGUAUGGAAGGGACAGGCCUGCAGGCAGCAAUGACACCAACACAGCUACUGCAACUAUAAACAUAUUUAUUGAACAAGCUGACACCAGACCACCCUGGUUCUUACCCUGUUCCUUCAUUAACACAGACAAGAGCAUCUGCAUCAGCAGCCCCUAUACUGGGAGGGUCACCAUCUUCGAGAUGUCGACAGAACCACUCACCCUGCAGCCAGGGCCUGUCUAUGCUGUUGAUCCUGACUACACUCUGAAUGAGAAGAUUGUGUACAGUAUUGUUGGUGGGGAUACAGACAACGUGUUCUCAGUGGAUGCAGACACAGGGAACCUAACUAUGAACAAAGCAGUGGCUUCUGCAGACUCUUUCCUAUUGCAAGUCAUGGCCACCCAGGUCAACAACAUACAGAAAUACUCCGUAGCCACUGUAGAGAUUCUGGUCAUCAACAAGAGCAAUUACACACCAUACUUUGAGAGCAAGAUCUACAAUGGGAUGGUAUCUGUUGGUCUGAACCCAGGAAGCUUUGUUUACCAAGCUGAUCAUCCUUCAAGCCCCUUGAUGAUAACAGCAGUGGAUGAUGAUUUCCCUGAUAAAAUCAACCCAGAUAUUGAGUACUACAUAAAAAACAGCACUGACUUCACCACAACCAGAGAUGGAUUCAUCCUGACGAGCGUGACGCUGCAGACACCGCAAACUGUGACCAUCGAGGCCGUUGGAAAAGAUACCGUGACCCUGGAGGAGACAAGCACUGUAAUUGUGGUGGUUGUCCAUGCCACAGCUGUAACCCCCUCUGCCAAGGCACACACCGUUCAGGACAUGGCUGCCUUGGGUGGCACAUUGUCAGCACUACUAUUACUUGCCUUGGUCUUCCUUGGAGUGAUGAUAUAUAAACAGCAUAGAAAGCCAGGCAAAUCCCUGCUAGGUGAGAAGGUAUUUCUUCUGUAUUUCUCCAAGGAAAUCUCUAGGGGUUAUUCAAAUGAAUCUUAUGAGCAAGAUGAACACCCAGAUGUGAGCACCAAACAGCCUGAGAUGUCAGAAAACAGAAGUGUUCAGUCCACGCCACCUGUGCUAGAGCAGCCAGUGCCUUCCUUCCCCUCUUCCAAUGCACAAGAAACUGGUAGCCUCUCAAAGGCUUCCAUAGCUUCCACCAUCACCUAUGACCAGGAAGAAAACGAGGAAGGACAGGCAGAAGAGACCAAACAGGAGAAAGAAGUGAAAUCUAUCCUCAAGACAGACAGGCAGGUGUCAGAUGAUGGCUACAAAGCUGUGUGGUUUAAGACUGAUGUGGAUCCAGAGGCUGGAGAGACUGUUGAAGUGAUUGAGAACAAUGUAUCAGAUGGUGACAAUGACAGUGAUCAAGAUCUGCAGAACAGGGAGGAGGAGGAGGAAGAUUAUGACAAAGAUGAUCACUACGUCUGA